CCUUCUUGUCGGUUGAGCGCGUUUCCGGCAGGGACCGGUGGGAAACCUCCUCGACCCCAGCCCGAAGGGUCUCGCUCACACUCACUCAGUCACACACACGCUGUUUCACGCGUCGAGACAGGGACGUGAGUGUGUCAGUGGCUGAGUCUGCACUGUUCACUCAACUCCAUCCCGUACAUCGAUGCUCGUUAUCGCUCGCUUCGUAUUGAAAAAAUGCCGUCCCGCCUGGAAGAUUAUGAGCUGCUGGAAAGCAUCGGCUCCGGUUCUUACGGCAGGUGUCAGAAGAUCAGACGGAAGUCGGACGGAAAGGUUUUGGUCUGGAAAGAAAUGGACUAUGGAUCCAUGUCUGAGACAGAGAAACAGAUGCUUGUCUCGGAGGUGAACUUGCUUCGUGAACUUAAGCAUCCAAACAUUGUUCGAUAUUAUGACCGUAUUAUUGACAGAACAAAUACAACAUUGUACAUAGUAAUGGAGUUCUGUGAAGGAGGCGACUUGGCCAGUCUGAUUAACAAGUGUAUACGAGAAAGGCGAUAUUUAGAGGAAGACUUUGCCCUGCGUGUCCUUGCUCAGAUAGCUCUGGCCUUACGAGAAUGUCACAGACGUAGUGAAAAUGGUCGCACAGUGCUACACAGAGAUCUCAAACCUGCAAAUGUCUUUCUUGAUGUGCAACAUAAUGUCAAAUUAGGUGAUUUUGGCUUGGCUAGGAUUUUGCAACACGACACUAGUUUUGCCAAAACAUUUGUUGGCACUCCAUAUUACAUGUCUCCAGAACAAAUUAAUCACAUGUCCUAUAAUGAGAAAUCUGAUAUAUGGUCGUUGGGAUGUCUGCUGUAUGAACUUUGUGCACUUUCCCCACCUUUCACUGCAUACAAUCAGAAGGACUUAGCAGAAAAAAUAAGAGAGGGCAAGUUCAGACGAAUUCCUUAUCGCUAUUCUGAUGAACUGAAUGAACUCCUUGGCACGAUGUUGAACCUGAAGGAUUAUCUAAGGCCUUCUGUGGAUGAGCUAAUGCAGCAUACCUUAAUUGCUGAUUUGGUGGCUGAAGAGCAACGGAAAAUGUCAGCUGAAAGACGAGGGAGAAGAUCUUUGGAGAAUGAACAUCUUCAGGACCGUGACCCAAUGGUAACUGAGCUGAAACUUAAAGAGGAACAGCUUCAGAACAGGGAGAAGGCAUUAAAAAAGAGAGAAGAGUUUCUUGAACAACGUGAGCAGGAACUUUGCAUUCGAGAAAGACUGGCAGAAGAAAAGUUUUCUAGGGCAGAGAGCAUAUUAAAGAACUAUACCUUGAUGAAGGAAAAGCAACUACUGAAGACAGCAGUUCUCCAAUUAGAUGAUUAUAUAGAUACAGGAUCCUCUCCAGGGAAGAAGAAAGUUCAUUUUGCAGGAGGGAGUAAAGAAAACAUUCACUUCAAGGAAAGUGAUGCAACAAAACGCCUAUGUAAACCAAAAAAUUUGGAUCUGAAGAAAAGAUUGCAAGCUGCUAAUCUCCGUGCCAGAACAUUGUGUGAAAUGGAAAAAAAUUAUCAACUAAAGAGCCGACAACUUCUGGGCAUGCGCUAAUUUGUUUGUCAUGAAAAUAUUUUUAAAAGAAAAUAUAUUUGAUGGAAUAGAAAAGCUAUGAUUUAUAGAAUGGUAGUCUAUCAUGAAUUUGACGAUCUCGUACUGUGCAAAUCAAAUACUCAAUUUUGAUUUAGUCUCAACGUUUGCUUCCACAUUGAAAUGUAAAGAAGCAUUCAAAAGGAGCACCCUCUUUCUCUUCUUGCUGUAAUUCACCUUGUCUUCUAACAUGCUGCUGCCCCAAUGAGGCACUCUGCACCAUGAAUCUCACAACACUUUCCCUAUUCCACCAAUUGUUGUUCUUACUUUUAAACUUGGUUGUGGAACAUCUUACAGCAUAUACCUGCUGGUAUGGCUUCUUAAAAUGCACCAUUUUGUGACCUUGUUGUUACAUAUUUAUUUCUGUUAUAACUUAUGCUGACGCAGUGCUACCAUUUUCUCAUAUGAGCGAUUAGUUGUAAAAUAUUUUCAGAACACUCCAGUUUGGAGUAAACAGCUUCAUUUUAAAAUUUAAAUUCAAGUUGUUGUCAUUCUAUAUUUUAAGUAUUUUCUCAAAAGUGCAUUUAUGUUUUUGCACUACCACAUUUGUAUAAUUUAUGGAUGUAACUCAACUUUGGGACCGGUAAACUUGGCAGUAUUAAACUGGCUGUCCAGUACCAAUACGUUCCUUUCUAGGAAAAGGAAAUUGCAUGGGGUGUAUAACAAAUGGCCAAUUGGAUACCAAUUUUGUCCUCAUUUAAGUUGAAUUUCUUUUGGAUUUAAUGAAAAGUUAUUUGCUGACUUUUCAUUCUUUGUAGCAGUACAGGUGUAAAUUUAUCUUGUUUGUGAAUGACUACAGUUGAUAAAAUCAAUAUUUUUAAGCUAA